GUGGCAACACUGGUAACUUUGUACUUGACAGCGCUCGCACCUCUCUUUCUAGUUUGUCCGUCAAAAUGGCAACCACGACGAUAUCCAAGAAACGCAAGUUUGUGGCGAACGGCGUCUUUAAAGCCGAAUUAAACGAGUUCUUGACUCGUGAACUCGCUGAAGAUGGUUACUCCGGCGUCGAGGUGCGUGUUACUCCAACUCGCACAGAGAUCAUUAUCAUGGCUACACGCACCCAGAACGUUCUCGGUGAGAAGGGUCGUCGCAUUCGUGAAUUAACCUCUGUUGUACAGAAGAGAUUCAACUUCCCUGAGAGCACAGUGGAGCUGUAUGCUGAGAAGGUUGCUACCCGCGGUUUGUGCGCUAUUGCUCAAGCUGAAUCACUCAGAUACAAGCUUAUUGGCGGGCUUGCCGUUCGUCGGGCAUGCUAUGGUGUGCUUAGAUUCAUUAUGGAAUCUGGAGCUAAAGGAUGUGAAGUCGUUGUAUCAGGCAAGUUGCGCGGUCAGCGUGCCAAGUCCAUGAAGUUCGUCGAUGGGUUGAUGAUCCACUCCGGCGACCCGAUCAACGACUACGUCGACACCGCCACGCGCCACGUAUUGUUGAGACAAGGUGUGCUCGGCAUUAAGGUGAAAAUCAUGCUGCCGUGGGAUCCUAACGGCAAGACCGGCCCCAAGAAACCACUGCCGGAUUACGUGUGCGUCGUCGAGCCGAAGGAGGAGAUCAUGCCGUCGCACCCCAGCAGUGACAUCAAGCCCGUCAAGCCUGACGCGCCCCCGGUUGCUAUUGGUGUUGCAUAAAUUAUAAGAAUUAAACUUUUCAAUUAAACAUUUUGAAAACAAA